UCUCCCUUCCAAACGGACUGGGAAUUGUGCACGAAGCAACUCGGAAUAUUUUUGUCUCUUCUGUUCUGCAAAUCCAGAUGUCUGUGAGUGGGCUGUUUCUCGACCGCUCUGCACAGCUAGCGCUCGCCCGCACGCACACGCUCUCACUCACGCACGCAUGCACACACACACACACCCGUCCGCUGCGUGUAUGUUUGCAGCAAGGAGCUUCACAUGACCCAGCGUCGGGGGCUGCAGGAUUCUCCCCCACCUCCUCUUCCUCCCAUCCCCCAUGUACAGCCUCGUUCCACUUCCAGGACAAGCUUUCGUCUGCGCCUUAACCGUUUCGGGGGGGUCGAAAGGGAAACAAACCAGGAGCGCGAGUGACAGUCCCUUCGCCGCGGCGGCCGAUCCCCUCGGUUAUUCUUAUGGUAGCGUGUUCUCGUGCCCUGCUCGCUAGCAGCGUUGCUUCUCGCCGGCGUCCGCGAGGUAAAGACAGGACUCGGAUGAAGACGCGGAGCCGUUUGGUUUGAGGUGGAUGAACAGCACGGCGCUGGUCCUUUGGAAGCCGGCCAGUGUCGCUCUGAGAGCGCGUUUAGCGUGGGAGGUGGUAUGUCUUGGCACCGUGGUCACCCUGCUCAGUCGCUGUAAGCGACAACACGAGAGCUGAAGGCGGCUUCUCACUCCAGCUACCCGCGCCGGCUACAAUGGAAUGGAUGCUGCUGAACGUCUAGGCCGGAAUCAGAGCCUCUGGAACUGGAUUUCAGUUUCUGAUUCAUCACAUGCUUGUAUUUAUUCGAGGUCGUCCAGAUCUAUUUCGUUCUGUGGAAUUUAAUGUUGGAGAGCGCCUGAGAUAUAAAAGAUGACGGAGGGGCGGCGAUGUCAGGUCCAUCUCCUCGACGACCGGAAGCUGGAGCUCCUGGUGCAGCCCAAACUGAUGGCUAAAGACCUGCUGGACCUGGUUGCCUCCCACUUCAAUCUGAAAGAGAAGGAGUACUUUGGGAUAUCCUACACUGAUGAAACGGGCCAUUUCAGCUGGCUGCAGCUGGACCGCAGGGUCCUGGAGCACGAGUUCCCCAAGAAGUCCGGGCCGGUGGUUCUGUUCUUCUGCGUCAGGUUUUACAUUGAAAGUAUAUCCUACCUGAAGGACAAUGCCACAAUUGAGCUGUUUUUCCUCAAUGCAAAGUCUUGCAUCUACAAGGAGCUCAUCGAGGUGGACAGCGAGGUGGUCUUUGAGCUGGCCUCUUACAUUCUGCAGGAGGCGAAAGGGGACUUCACCAGCAACGAGGCGACGAGAGCCGACCUGAAGAAGCUGCCGGCGCUGCCCAUGCAGGCCCUGAAGGAGCACCCGUCUCUGGCCUACUGUGAGGACCGCGUGAUCGAGCACUACAAGAAGCUCAGCGGCCAGUCCAGAGGCCAGGCGAUCGUCAACUACAUGAGCAUUGUGGAGUCCCUCCCCACCUACGGAGUCCAUUACUACGCUGUGAAGGACAAGCAGGGUAUUCCGUGGUGGCUGGGGCUGAGCUACAAAGGCAUCUUUCAGUACGACCACCAAGACAAAGUGAAGCCCAGAAAGGUGUUCCAAUGGAGGCAGCUGGAGAACCUGUACUUCAGAGAGAAGAAGUUUUCUGUGGAAGUUCAUGACCCUCGCAGCAGGGCGUCGGUGACCCGAAGGACGUUUGGCCACAGUGGCAUCGCGGUGCACACCUGGUAUGCCUGCCCCGCCCUGAUCAAGUCCAUCUGGGCCAUGGCCAUCAGCCAGCACCAGUUCUACCUGGACAGAAAGCAAAGCAAGUCGAAAAUCCAUGCGGCGAGGAGCCUGAGCGAGAUCGCCAUCGACCUGACGGAGACCGGGACUCUGAAGACGUCCAAGCUGGCCAACAUGGGCAGCAAGGGCAAGAUCAUCAGCGGGAGCAGCGGCAGCCUGCUGUCAUCAGGCUCCCAGGAGUCAGACAGCUCUCAGACUGCUAAGAAGGACAUGCUGGUUGCCCUCAAGGCCAGACAGGAAGCCCUGGAGGAGACGCUGCGGCAGCGACUGGAGGAGCUGAAGAAUGUCUGCAUAAGAGAGGCGGAGCUGACCGGGAAGUUGCCCAAGGAGUACCCCCUGGACCCGGGGGAGGAGCCGCCCACGGUCCGCCGGAAGAUCGGCACGGCCUUCAAACUGGACGAGCACAAGGUCCUGCCCAAGGGGGAGGAGGAGGAGCUGGAGAGGCUGGAGCGGGAGUUCGCCAUCCAGUCGCAGAUCACGGAGGCGGCGCGGCGGCUGGCCAGCGACCCGCACGUCAGCAGCAAGAAGCUGAAGAAGCAGCGGAAGACCUCCUACCUGAACGCCCUCAGGAAGCUGCAGGACAUCGAGAACGCCAUCAACGAGCACCGCGUCCGCUCGGGCAAGAAGCCCACGCAGCGCGCCUCCCUCAUCAUCGAGGAGGCGAACAUCGGUUCUGAAGACAGCUCCCUGUCCGACGCCCUUGUCCUCGAUGAUGACGACCCUCAGGUGACGGGCCCCUUCUCGCCCACCGCCUCCCCGCACCGGGGCCUGCCGCCCCGCCCCCCGUCCCACGGCCGGCCCCCGCCCCCGCAGUCCCUGGAGGGGCUCCGCCACCUGCACUACCAGCGCAGCGACUACGACAAGUCCCCCAUCAAGCCCAAGCAGUGGAGCGAGUCCUCGCUGGACGAGCCCUACGAGCGCGUCAAGAAGCGCUCCUCCCACGGCCACGCCGGCAGUCACAGGCGUUUCCCCAGCACGGGCAGCUGUACGGAGGCCGGGGGGACCAACUCCCUGCAGAACAGCCCGGUCCGGGGCCUCCCCCCCUGGAGCUCCCAGUCCAGCAUGCCCUCCACCCCCGACCUGAGGACCCGCGUGCCGCACUACAUCCACUCCACCAGGUCGGUGGACAUCAGCCCCACGCGGCUGCACAGCCUGGCGCAGCACUUCCGCAACCGCAGCUCCAGCCUGGAGUCGCAGGGCAAGCCGCUGGGCUCGGAGCCGGAGACGGGCAGCCCGGACCUGCGCACGCCCGGCACGCGCAGCAGCAAUGGGUCCGACCCGCUGGACGACUGCUCGUCCUGCGCCAGCCACUCCAGCUCCGAGCACUACUACCCCGCCGCGCCCUCCUCCUCCUCCUCGUCCGCCGCCGGCGCCCCCGGCAACCACGGCUACUCCACGCUGGCGGAGGACUCGCCCUCCAAGGCCCGGCAGCGGCAGCGGCAGCGGCACCGCUCGGCGGGCCAGCUGGGCUCGUCCGGCUCGGGCAGCAUGCCCAACCUGGCGGCGCGCAACGGGCACCAGGCGGGCGGGGUCUACCUGCAGAGCCAGAGCCAGCCGUCCUCGCAGUACCGCAUCCGGGAGUACCCGCUGUACGUGGAGGGCAGCGCCGCGCCCAUGGUGGUGCGCAGCCUGGAGAGCGACCAGGAGGGCCACUACAGCGUCAAGGCCCAGUUCAAGACCUCCAGCUCCUACACGGCGGGCGGGCUGUACAAGGAGAGCUGGGGUGGGGGGCCGGAGGACGGGGGCGAGGGCGGAGGGCGCCUCACCCCGUCCCGCUCCCAGAUCGUGCGGACCCCCUCCCUGGGGCGCGAGGGGGGCGGCGGCGGGGGCGGGAGGGUGGUGGUCUCGGACGAGCUGCGAUGCUGGUACCAGCGCUCCUCGGGGUCGCUGAAGGAGCACGGCAGGCUGUCCCACACCAGCUCCAACGCCUCGGACGGGGGGUCCCAGUACGGGACGCUCCAGAGCCCUGUGGGACGCUCGGGCAGAGCCAGCGCCCUCUCCAAGGGCUCCUCAGCUGCCUCGCCCCACAGUCAGAGGAGUAUGACGCCCUCCAGUGAUGCAGCCGCCACGCCGCCCGGCAGCCCUCAGCACAUACUCAGCUGGCAGAGCGACUCCUUCAGCGACUGCUGUUUCCUGGACGACAGCCCCCUGUAUUCGGAACUAGCGGACAUGCAGUGGUAUGGGCGAGAGAAGGCCAAGCCGGGGACGCUGGUCUGACCCUCUUUGCUGUUGACUCCUCCCCCUCCUCUUCCUCCUCCAGUGAGCAUUCCGGGUCCUCCAGACUGGGGGGCGGAGCUCUCCCUCUGGGGCGGAGCUCUGCGCUGGAAGCUCUUUUCCUCCCCACUUCUUUUGGCAGUGCAGGGGGGGCCACAGGGAACCGUGACCGGCCGGACCCUCUCGGGGUGGGACACCCUCGCCCCUCCGGGGGCCAAACAGCAGGGUGAGCCGGGCACUCGGGCACGCCCCCGCGGCUCCGACGGCCGUCCAAUCCAGAGCUCUCCUCCAGCUCUCUGUCAUCGGUCUGAGCUCUCCAACGCUAAUGCUAACGCCAAUACUCUCGCCCCCUCCCUUCCCACAAUGCAAUAGGACUACACUGAAGGGUGAGCACCUGGACUGCCCCCCCCCCCGCUCUCAUAUUGCAUCAUCCGCGUCAUACCCAGCCCAACCCGUUUGUUAAGGGUUCUUGUCGAGACCAACGCAUACAGUAUAUAUAUUUUUUGUUUGUUCGUUCGUUUGAUUGUUUGUUACCUUGUUCUGUUUUUGCUUUAUUUUGUUUUGUAAUUAAAAAAAAGAAAUGCUGACGAUGCUGAACUUCUCUCGCCAUUUAAAAAAAUAGAAUGAAAUCUCGGGACGUAUUUUUUUUUGGAGGACCUAUAUGCCCCCAGGACAUUGUGAAGACGAGGAUGGACCCCUUUCCGCCCCUAACCCAGUCCGCUACCAAAGAUCCCGUCGUGUCAGAAACACUUGGAAUAUUCCAGAAGUUUCCUUCUCCAGCCUCCUGCAGCACAGUAUCCCCCUGCCCACCGAGAGCUCCACACCGCCGGGUUGCUAGGGCUCGCCUGCCCAGCAACCGUAUCCAGGCGCACGACUGCGGCCGCUCGCCAUCCCUCUCCCGGGCUGCUACUGUAACCCCUCCGGCCACGCCCAUCGUCCAUAUCAAUCAAACUCUGCGCGCCUGCCCCCGCGUCGUCCUGUCACAUGGUCCCGAUUGCGUAAAAACAGGAGAGACUUUUUUUUGUUCUGUUUUUCUUUGACCGUAACCAGGAGAUAUUCUCUGCCAGUCUCACCUAGGAUCUAGCAAAAAAACAAAA